AUGUCCACCUACAAAGAUAUGCUGGUGUUUGCCGCAGUCUUUGCCAUCUUGGGACUGAGCCAAUGUCAGACAUUACCCAGUUUUGAUCUGCUGGAGGAGUUUCGUGUGCCAGAGUCUAGAGGAGUGAAGAAAGUGGACGGCUCUCAACCUGAGGCGGUGGCCUACCGUGUAAGUCCUUCUAUUCAUCUACGGAGGACCAUGAGUGAUGUAUAUCCAGAUGGACUUCCCUCCGACUACUCCAUCAUCGCAACAUUUAAGGUAACCAAGGACACUGCCAAGAAAUCCUGGGACCUGUGGCAGGUCAGUGACCCCAAGGGACAAGAGCAAGUUGGCCUGCGUUUCCAGGGUGAUACACGCUCUUUAGACUUCUUCUACACCAGCCCGCAUGGGAGCCAGAUGCUAAGGACUUUCUAUGGUGUGGAAAAGUUGUUUGAUGGAGAAUGGCACAAAUUGGCGCUGAGUGUGAAAGGCAGCCAGGUGAAGCUGUUGAUAGACUGUGAAGAGGUCAGCGUGGAGUCUAUUGAUGAACCAAGGCCAGUGAUCCACAGCGGGUACACUGCCAUUGUCAAGCGGGCUGUAGGAGAUCGCUCUGUGUCUGUGGACCUCCAGCAGAUGGAGAUGUCGUGUGACCCAGAGAAGGCUUAUUCAGAUGGCUGCUGUGAGCUCUCUGGUGUGUGUGGAGGGUAUGCGGAGAUUGGUCUAACAGCUGGAAGAGCAUCUUGCAAAUGUCUGCAUGGACAACCUGGCAUUCAGGGGCCUCCAGGGCCAAAGGGUCACAGAGGUCUUCCAGGAGAAGCUGGAGAUCAGGGAAGACAAGGAAACUGGGGCAUCAGGGGUAACACAGGAAACUAUGGCAACAUUGGCGAGCCAGGCCCAAAGGGAGAAGAUGGAAUCAAAGGCGAGAAAGGAAUGAGAGGACUUAGGGGCCAAGUGGGACACAGAGGCCCUAAAGGGCUGAAAGGAUUAAAAGGGGCUGCAGGCUUCAAGGGAGUUCGUGGGCCACCUGGAGACAUCGGAGAGACUGGGAAACUGGGGGAAGUAGGCGCUAAGGGUGAUAGAGGAUAUGAAGGAAUUCAUGGGUUUCAAGGAGUUAAGGGAGACAAAGGGACCACUGGUGCAGCAGGGCGUGCUGGGCCCAGGGGAAAGCAGGGCAUUGUGGGAGAUCCUGGAGAGGGGGGAGCUUCUGGAGAGAAGGGGAAGCCUGGGAUACCAGGACCUGUGGGCAGAGCUGGCACCAUCGGACCAAAGGGCAUUAUUGGAGAUCCAGGCUUACCAGGCAGAGAUGGUGAUCCUGGAAUAGAGGCCUAUCAAGGACCACAAGGUCUCAGUGGAAAAGAUGGACGAAGUGGAGUAAAGGGGGAGAAAGGCACCUUUGGGUCAGCAGGAGAAAUGGGUCCCCAAGGCCGAACUGGCCCACAAGGUUACAAAGGUUCUGCAGGGAAGCCAGGAAGACCUGGAUUUAUUGGCCCACCGGGACCUACUGGACACGUGGGUGUGCCUGGAAAACCAGGACCCAAGGGUGACACAGGAAUCCAGGGAAUCCAAGGAGUUAAAGGUGCACAGGGGGGAAAAGGAAUUAAGGGCCCCAAAGGAAAAGUUGGAGACAGGGGUGAGCAGGGUCCUCAAGGAGGACGGGGGAAACGUGGCCCGGCAGGCCCAUCUGGACGCUCAGGUCCUGUCGGAGUUAAGGGCGUUCGAGGUGAAGUGGGACCGGAUGGCUUUCAGGGGCCCGCAGGUCCACCAGGCCCAACACUCCCCGCUCAACACGUGAUCGAAGUUUGUAAGAAAGUGGUCCUGGAGCAGAUGUCCACCUUUGCCAACUCAGUAAAGAGAACGUGUGCUGCAGUUUGUCCUCUCUAUGGCAACGUGCCCAUGGGUGCCCCUGGUCCCGUCGGACAGAAGGGACCCCCCGGACCUCCUGGUGACCCUGGUAAUGAUGGUGCUGAUGGAGAAGUGGGCCCCCCGGGAUUCUACGGAGAAGCCGGAGAACUGGGCCGCCAAGGAGAGACAGGUGACGAAGGAGAGCAGGGUGAUAAAGGGGCCAAAGGUUAUGGCCUACCUGGCUAUACUGGAGACUCAGGACCAAAGGGUCAGCGUGGACGUCCCGGCAGAGCCUUUAACGGCCAGCCAGGGAAGGUGGGUGAGAGGGGACACGUAGGCCGGCCUGGACUCAGGGGCCAUGCAGGUCUCAGAGGACCUCCAGGUGUUUGUGUCACCUCUGGGUGUGCUGAGCUGAACUCCACCAGCGGGACAUCUCAGCCAGCACCGCAGAGGUUGAGGAAUCGCCCUUAGAGUAAAAAAGAAUGAAUCGAAUAUUGAGCUUAAAGGAGGAAAACAUGGUAGACGGUUUUUGUUAAUAUAUGUUUGUUCAAAUAAAUUUAAAUUUUCAUGUAAAUAAGCCUCUCAACUGAAACUGGGAACAGUUUGAUCCACAAGGUCACCAAAGACAGCAACACAUAUGUGAUUUGACGCAUAGUGGUAACAAAAUAUAUUUGUAUAAAAAGACCAUCAUCAUCAUUUGAUAGUUUUAUUUAAACUGAUUUCGCAAGUCUGAGUUGUCUUUAAUAAUAAAAGUCAUAAAGUGAUACUGAUGGUAUUUUUUUUAGACUGUUGUGUGAAAGCCUGAUUCAGGGUCACAAGCACAGCUGUGCCUGUUAUGGAAUUUAAGACCUUGUGUCAUGAAACAGGACAUUGUUGUUUAAAUAGCAGUAAUAUCUUGAAUAGAAUAAUAAUACCUACAAAUUAUUUUAAAAUCAAUGAUGUUGCCUUGCUUUUUUUGCUUUUUUUAUUUUACUUAUUUCCCAUAUAAGGUAAGGUGUUGUUGGUAGCUGUACAUAUUUUAUGUUUUAAUUAUUAUAAUCUUAUUAUUUAAGCCGGUGGUUCCCAAGCUUUUUUCCUUGAAGCCCCCCCUUACUUACGUGUCUAAGAAAAACAGCAAUACUAUCAAGUAUUGUAUCUUCACAUUGUGCAGAGCUAGAAUUGUCUUUUCCCAACUUGAAGACUUGGAAAUCCUACUUCUAGAUUUUUGUGUUUCUGGUUACAGUUUCAGUUUUUGUAAAUCUUAAUUAUGCUUCAUCAGACUAUGUAGCCUAUGUACGAAUAUAACUGUCAACAGAAAAGUAGCCAAAAAUAGCCUUCAACCUGUGCUUAUCUCUUGUUUAGCAGUUGUUGUAGUGAUGAGAACAAACAGUGACACAAACAGCAAUGUUUCCCACAUGGUGGCUCUGCAGAUACUGUUGUGACACUGUUGUUUCACAGCAACACAGAACAAGUUGAUUCCUGGCUCGUGUGGACUUUCCAGCUGAAAAACCUGCUGGUUAAGUGUGGAGACUAAAUUACUUGAGGGCAGGAGGUGCCGCCCUCUUUAAUAACAAUGGGUCAGUUUCCUUUCCGGGGGCAUUUCCCUGUUUUCUGAUCACUGUGUGAUGGGAAAGGCUUCAGUAAUCCUGCAAUCCUCAAGAACUUACUGAGUUAAGAAAGAUAAUUGUUUUGUACAGCUCAAAUGUGAUGGAGAAACUCACAGGAAGUCUAUGUGUAGCUCUUCUCGGUGUCUUUCCUGGCUCACUUUGGAUUCCUCUGGGAAGCCCAUUGCUUGUGGAUCGUCAUCCUCCACCCCAUGUGUGACUGCAGCAUCAUGUGUGCCAUGCUGCUCUGGAUGCUGUGGCCACCUCUGUCAUGGAAAAUAUUACUAAUCCACGAUUAUCCUCUGAAUUUUCUUUCUGGGCUCAACCACUUGCUUCAGACAUGCUCACUAUUUAUCUCUGUGGCAAACCAUCAUCAUCAUGAUAAAUACUGCUUAAUGCAUGUGAGCUGAUUAAAACAACCCGGUACAGUUGAGCUUCAAAGCGAUGGCACAAGAAUCAGAAGUUAUUAGAGAGAAAGAGGUUCCAUGUUGUCUUCGGGCGUUUAUUUGAAAACUCUCAGAGCAACUGCCAGACACUGUAAAUGUUAGUUGAUUUAAGUAAUAAACCAAAUGUGUUACUGUGAAGUGAAAGUGAGCCGAGUGCUGAUGCAUUUAGGUCCAACUGUAGAUUUCAUAAGCCAUCUUGACAACUUUUAACACAUUCACAUGUUGUAACACCCUGGCAGACAUAAACUUUUUCUGCUUAAUUUGCUUACUCAAUAUAAAAAGUACAAUCUUCUCAUUUGUGCAGCCAGCUGCAUGUUUGUUUUAAGUAUUUGUAUCAUUUAGCUUUUUAACAUGCAUUAACUGAUUUCACUUGCUUUCACUUUCUCUUGCAGAGAGGACUUUUUUUCACAGCUAUAAAUAUCCUCUGAGAAACAUUUGGGAAAAGAGUUAAAAGGCAGUGGAAAAAUCUGUUAAAAGGUCUUUUAUUCCUUUUGUCUGAGGCCGCUGGGUCAUAUCAUGGGAGCAGUUAUUAAUUUGCAGUCAUGACUAACCAAAUAAAAGAGGGGCUUUCAACUGAUUUUAGAUUAUCUUUGAUCUACCUUUUCCCCCAUGUGGCUGCCUGAAAGCAAAUUUAUUUUCAAAAGGCAAUUAGAAAACAUGUAGUCAUUAGUUGUGUGGAUUACAGGCAAAAUUUAAAGCUCUUUUAGCACCAUAGGACAAUAUUUUUGUACUGACUUUACUGUGUAUGUUAAUCCCAUUAAUGCAAACAUUUUACACCCAUUUAAAUGCUUGAUGUGCCGGGGGAGCACAUGUUUUAUGCACCAUUCACACAAAAAUAGCAUUACAAGAAAAUGAAGGCCAGUGGGGUUCAGAUCCCCCCUCCAGGGGCUGCAAGAUGAAACUAAACGAUUGCAUAACAAUAAAGACAAUCUAAACUUUGUUUCACAAAUUCGGAUCCUUGCUUUUUUCAUGUGACACUGAACUGGGGCUUGAAGAAUUAUUCAGAUGAAAGAUUCUGAGACAGAAACAUCAUUUUUCAACUGAAGCUGAAGCACACACCUGCACCCUGUAGCAAGGACUCUAAUAGGCAUUUCUUUGUAUUGAGGAGUCACAUGGGGUGCACUGCUAUAGGUCACAGAGUCCAGGAACGAUUGAAAGAUAGAAAAUAUUUUGAAGCCGCAGAUGUGGUGAAGAUAAUGUUGGCUGCACAUUAAACAGAGCUCAUAGCCAUGCUGGGGUUUGAUUGUAUGUGAUCAUUACAGCCGUCUUAUUUUGCUUGCAGUUAGUCGAGCCCCAAGUUUCAAAGCUUUGAAAAAGCCAUUACACUCUUUAUGUAAACAAAUUAUUUCACCUGCUCCCUCAGUUUAAUAUAAUUACUAUUAUUAGCUGUUCAGUUUUGUCUAAUUAGCAGGUUUCAGACUGAUUGUACCUGCUUGCAAGCCAGCUAUAAUUUACUUGAUCAUACUGUGGCAAUUUAUUUUAGUUGUAUCAGAUUGCUGCAGUUUUCCCGGGUAAUUAAAUAUGGCAAUUCACACAGUGUGUCGUGUUCUCCUGGAAUAGGCCAAAUCUAGCCAAACAUAUUUGUUAUGUAAUUCUGAUCAGCUUUCUGUUAAAUCUAACUGGUUUCACAUUUCCAAACAAAAUUGGUCAAUGUAUAGGUCUCAGCAGACCGCUGAAGUGACGUGUGGUUGGGCGACCCACAAUAAGCACACAGAAAGUCUGGGUUUCUUCAUGUGCACCUCCUGUUGGUUCCAAACCAGAGACCAGUUUAUAGAGACAGAAGAUUACUCAGCAUCUACUCUCACCAGAAGUUUGGCUUCUCCCAGGCGCCAAACACCCACUCAGUGUUUGCCCGCAUGAUCCACCAGAGUGUGCUGAGGCUCAGGGUCAACCAGGCCAUCAUCAGGACUCUGCAGCACAAGCUGAUCGCUGGACCUGAUAGGUGACAUUUAUACUGGAACACAGCACUGUUUGAUGGUAUUUUUUUACCCUACACGAGACACAUGUGAUGGAUGGUGGGAAAGUAGCCAUAAGUAAAAAUCCAGUAUUGAAAAAUAACAGUAUAAAAGUAUGAGUAAUUAAACCUGCUUAAAGUAUCAAAAGUGAAAAUGCUUGUAAUGGAGAUGUGUUAUGUUAUGAUACAUUUUAUAGCAUUAAAGUAUUAUUGCUGCUACACUGACACGUAAAGGGCAAGCAGCUGGUCAGUAUUUUAUAGACUAUGACAAUACAUGAUGUUAUGGUGGAACCGUGGACAGGAACCCCUCCAUCCUGGAGCCAUGAAACCAUAAUUUUACAAGAUGAUCAUAUGUGUAGUAUGUAAAUGAAUAACUAGCUGUCUUACUAAAGGAUAUGA